AUGUAUGCGUGGCAUCGUGGAGAGGAGAGCGAGAAUUCUCUGGGGACGGCGCGACCGCCCCAAUCAACAGAAUUCCCUGGGGACCAUGGCGCCGGCGGGGGGACCUCCACGGAUACUGCCUCACACACUCGAACGAACACGCCUGCACGCACACAACAGGCCACGUUCAUUCGGUCGACGACGACAGUCCUCAUCUACGAGACGAUCUUCUGUGUGAUCACAUCGACGAUGUCACGGCGGAAGCAGCUGAAGCCGCAACCAGUCAAAGAAGACGGAUCGCAGUCCUGCAUGGCCAACGGCGACGAGAGCAACUCCAAGAAGAAACGAAUGCUCUACGAUAGCGCUCAGGUGAAGCCUGAGCCAUGUGAUGAUGAAACGGAUUCGAUCAAUAAUUCAAUCAAUAACGAGCUGAAACUCGACUGCCAAUUCUGUGGUGCUUCGUUCGAAUCGAUAUCGGACCUGCAGACACAUACCCUCCGAGAUCAUCUGCCAAUGCCCGUGCCAUCGUUGGAAUGUCAGCACUGUUUUGCCGCGUUGCCAUCGUUUGCCGCAUUUGUGAUUCAUAUGAGAGGACAUCUGAACGAUCGAGAAGAGACCAGCAGAUGUCCGCGAUGUCCGCUCUCCUUUAACGACACCCAGGUGGGCGGAGCUUCGUUUUUAUUGCUGUUUUAG